AUGGUGACUCAAUGCUCUUGCGAGAUAUCAACGCAGCAGAAAACAGGUAAAUUUGAUUAUGACCUCGUGGUCAUUGGUGGAGGCUCUGGAGGGUUGGCAUGUUCAAAAGAAGCUGCCCAAUUAGGGCAGAGAGUUGCUGUCUUGGACUAUGUCGAACCUUCACUAAAAGGCACGAAGUGGGGUCUUGGUGGCACGUGUGUGAAUGUCGGCUGUAUUCCAAAGAAGCUUAUGCAUCAGGCGGCACUGCUUGGCACUGCUGUCAAAGAUGCUAGGAAGUAUGGCUGGCAAAUCCCAGAAUCCCUGUCACAUGACUGGUCAGCAAUGGCUGAGGCUGUCCAGAACCAUGUGAAGUCUCUAAACUGGGGUCACAGAGUUCAACUACAAGACAAGAAGGUGAAAUAUUUGAAUAUGAAGGGCAGUCUGGUGGAUAAACACACUAUCAGUGCUGUAAAUGCCAAAGGGAAAGAGAUGACAGUGACCGCCAAAAACAUUGUGUUAGCUACUGGUGGACGGCCGAAGUACCCUACACAUGUCCCAGGAGCCACGGAGUUCGGGAUCACAAGUGAUGAUGUCUUCUGGCUCAAAGAGUCUCCCAAAAAAACGUUGGUUGUUGGUGCCAGUUAUGUAGCAUUGGAAUGUGCCGGCUUCCUUACAGGCGUUGGACUGGACACCACUGUGAUGGUGCGCAGUAUCGCCCUCCGGGGGUUUGAUCAGCAAAUGUCUGGUUUAGUCACAGACUACAUGGAGGCCUAUGGCACCAAGUUCUCCUGGAAGUGUACACCAAAAAGCAUAGAAAAGCUCCCAUCUGGGCUUCUUCAGGUCACAUGGAUGGAUCUAAACACUAAAGAGGAACAUCAAGACACCUUCAACUCAGUACUUUGGGCUGUAGGCAGAGCAUCUGAAACCAAGACCCUCAAUUUGGAGAAGGCUGGUGUGGAGAUCAACAUAGAAACAGGGAAGAUAAUCGUAGCUGCUGACGAAGCCACAUCCGUGCCGAACAUUUUCGCUAUCGGAGACAUCGCUGAGGGUCGUCCUGAGUUGACCCCGACAGCCAUUAAGGCUGGAAAGCUCCUGGCCCGCAGACUGGUGGGCCAUUCCACUGAGCUCAUGAAUUAUGACAACGUGGCCACUACAGUGUUCACUCCACUUGAGUAUGGCUGUGUAGGUCUGUCUGAAGAAGAGGCUGAAAGGAGACAUGGAAAAGACCAGAUUGAGGUGUACCAUGCCUUCUACAAGCCCCUGGAGUUCACCGUGGCUGAGAGAGAUUCCACUCAGUGCUAUAUCAAGGUGGUUUGUCUACGGGAGGGUGAUCAGCGUGUGCUGGGUAUGCAUUUUACCGGACCGAGCGCUGGUGAGGUCACACAGGGCUUUUCUCUGGGCUUCCAGUGUGGGCUUACCUAUGAACACCUCAGGAAUACGGUCGGGAUACACCCCACCUGCGCCGAGGAGCUCAUCAAGCUCAACAUCACUAAACGCUCCGGUCUUGACGCCACAGUAACAGGCUGCUGAGGUUAAGCAUCCCCUCCCUGAUCGCCCGAGCACACGGGAACCCAUAAAAAGGUUGUGAUAAUGUGAGUUAGCAGUUGCAGGAAGCAUCUCAUGAAAUCUGUCUCUCAGUUUUUACUUUAAAAGCUCUUCUGAAACCGAGACUUUUAAACCACAGAACCAGAUCUAUUUCGGUUUAAUAUAUGAUAUUUAAAAUAAUAAUUCUGGAGGUCAGUACUAACAAGUAUGUCCUUCUUUGCCACUGUGAUGUAUUGUUUUUAAACCAAGUCCAGGAGAGUUCGGCCAGCUUUAUACCACAGGUCAAGAUAAUCCAAUAAAGUCCUCAUGUUUGCUCUCCAGAAUAAGAACGUAGAUGCAGGUUAGAGCAACACGAACCGCAAGCGCCUCUGCGAACAGAUAAACACGGCCAUAAAUCAGGAUUAAGGCCCCAUUACAGUGUGCUGAAAUGAGAAACGUUGGAGAAAGUGGCCUAAUGUUUCUGAAAUAUAUUCUGCAAAUAUUGUUGUUUCUCUGGCUGUACUUCCUGGCCGUUAGUCAUGCGCCGCUCCUGACACUGAUGGAUGGGAUAGGCCCGUCGCUGCGCUGACACCACCCCGUUUCCCAGGGACGUAGACAAACACUCGGUGAGCGGCAUGUCACUCAAACGCAGAACCCGGUCGUGGACAGAGUGAGCGCUUAUUUAGUCCUGGACUUCAGGAGGUUCUCCAGUGCACAGGGGGAGCAGAGAGUACACAGUACAAUAACAUACUCUCCUGCCCCUGAUCUCUCUGGGUAAAACCUGAAAGUCCAAAGGAGGCAUCAGUACCGCUGGCUACCUAAAGGUGGCAGUGUUAGCUUCCUUUUCCUCCUGUUCUUCACUCGCACAUGUGAGGAUAAAAAUCUCUGCGCUGUGUAGUCAUUAUGAAUUCGAGUCACAGUUAAUCACUGGCAGAAUGUUAAGAUUAAUCGAACACUUACUGGGCAUUUAUCGCUCCAUAGGUUUAGCUUAUCUGUUGUUUGUGUACUUGGCUAAUAGCUUUGGCCCACGGUGCUGGCGCCCGCUUUGAGGGAAGUUAAACUGCGACUAUUCCCAAAAGUUCAAUUCAUUUUGUGACAGGAAAUCUGUGACAUCUGUGUACUUUCAAACCAGAUAACGUAUGAAAAGCAUAUGUGAAUUUUGAAAUACAUUGAUAUGUAAAGUCAGUAGAUGCAAGUGCAAUUAUAAUGAAACAUUUUUCAGAGCUCUCAAAGGGGUAGUUCAACCAAUAAUGAAGAUUAUUUUAUUAUUUACUCAUUCUUAUGUCAGUCCAAUCCUGUAUAUCUUUGUUUAUUCAUCAGAAAACUGAAGGCAUUUUGAAUUGUAUUGGUUGCUCUUUUGUCCAUUUAAUUAGAAUAGAGACUGCUUAAAAAGCAUGACGAAGCAUCAUAAAAUUGAAUGAAAUUUGGAAUGAAAUUUAGUGGUUUUUGACUGCAAAUAUUCCAUCUUAGCUCUCUUUGCUGCGUUCAUGAGAAGAGAAAAGUUGCGGUGCCCAGUUCUUAAACGAAUCAUUGAGUCUUAUUGAGUCAAUAAUUCAGUUCAUCAGCAAAACAAGUCUGCAUGUUUCUUUCACAAAUUGGACUGAUCUGUUUUUUUUUUUUUAAGUUCAAAAUCAAUAACCAAUAAGUGAAUAACAGCUUAAAGUUCUCUGUUCCUCACAAAAAGCAAUCAUAUGACUUCAAAAGACUUGGAAUACAGCGCAUGAGUCGUGUGAGCUACAUUUAUGAUUCUGUAAUGGUUAUUUUAUAUCCUAUUUUUACAGCUUGAAUGUUUCAGUCCAGUUCACCGUAGCAUGGAAAAGAGCAACCAGAAUAAUUGUUUCAUGCAAGCCUUUACACGGAAGAAAUACAGGUUUAGAAGAACAUGAGGGUGAGUAAAUAAUGGCAGAAUUUUCAUUUUUGGACAAAAUAUGGGUUUAAUAAU